UUGCUUCGGAGAGAAUCCGCGUGGCACUCUGGCUUCAAACAAUACAGAUCCACUCCAGGCCUCUAUCGCCUCGAUCUCCUCUGCUCAAACGAUGUGAAGAAGUACCUGUCAGUAGAUUCGAAGAAGCGUAAUUCAUCGGACGCCUAUCCUUUCACUGAGCUGGUUGGAGAUGACAAGACCAGUCGUGUUAAGAACGAUGGAACCAGAAACGACAAGCUGUCAUACACUAACGUGACAGCACUUCUUUCGCCAAAGCUGAAAGAACAUCUUGGGCGGCCAACUUCACGUGGUACCGUUUUCAGCUCGGUUACUGCGAUAACUGCCACGGCUUGCGGUGUCAGCGACAGAAUGGUCGAGAAGGUUACGAACACACCGGUCCGCCCUGCGAUUACGCAGUCAGCUCGCAAGAGUUGCUCUCGGAAAGCAGCGGUUAUGACCGCGAUGAAUAACCUUGGCCCAAUUUGGGGCGAGCGGAUCAGGCGGCUGGUCCACAGGAUGCUUAAGGACGAGAAGGACGUCACGAUCCUCGAGUUGCGGCAGGAAAUGAUGAUGGCUUAUCCGGACUUCACUUACUCGUCAACGACACUUUGGAGGCUUGUGAAAGGCCUUGGCUUUUCAUACAAGAUCCUCAAGGGACAACGCUAUAUUUUCGAACGUUCGGAUCUUGCCAAGAAGCGGUCCCUAUAUUUGAGGAAAAUUGAGGAAGCCAGGAGGAGAGGGGACUGCAUAGUUUACAUGGACGAGACGUGGGUGUUCGCCGGGAUGGUAAAGAGGAGAGGUUGGUCAGACAACACCAUGUCGCGCUUUCCCACCGCUGCUGAGAUACAGCGGUAUUCUUGCGGUAAGACUGCUGGGAAGAACAAGGGGAGGCGCGGUAUUGUUAUGACGGCCAUGAGUGAGGAUGGGAUCGUACCCGGCUGCACCCAUGUAUUCGUGGAUAGACACCGCACUAUGCACCACGAUUCCACCCGCGAGAUGGACCACAUAAUGUUCGAGAAUUGGUUGGAAUCGUCCAUCCCCCUCAUGAAGGAAUUUGCGGCGGGACGGAAUGUUACGCUAGUGCUCGACAACGCCCCUUAUCACACAAGAGCACUGGAGAAGGUGAGAUUUAGUCAAGCAAUGAAUAAAAGAAAAAAACGCGACAUGUUUGUUUAUAAGAUUCCGACCAGACACUCCACUAAGCGAGAGAUCAUCAGCUUCCUCAGCUUCCAUGGAGUCGAAGUGGCGAUCGAUAGUGAAAAAGCGUCCGUAGUAGAGGAGGUUCGACCUCGAAGACUUCGUCGAGGCGGUAGAGCAGCUUUACGCUGUUUCGCUGCUGAGAGCAUAUGUGAAGAUAUGGGGGUAAGCCUACUCAGGCUUCCUCCAUUCCACUGCUUUUUCAACCCAGUGGAACUGUGCUGGAGCUAUCUAAAGCACCGCCUGAAUAAGUUGGGAAGACCCACGGAUAGACUAGAGACGGUAGAGAUUUCUGGAACGUUUUUAACACUUGCAAAAGGUGGCCGUUUGAUACCAGAUCUUUGUUCAGAGGGUGUAACAAGGAGCCAUUGCGAGGGAUGGUGCAGAGCAGCGUUAGAGGAGGAGGAUUCAGCUCGGAUGAAAGAUGCUCUGGAUGAAAACAACAGCAAUGUUGCCGAUGAGGAGGCUUUUGCCCCAUUAGACAUGUUAUCUGAUGACAGUGAUCCGGAUGACAUGUCCAGUGAAUUCAGUGUGGAGUUGUGA